AAUGGACCACGACGUCCCAUUUCAUUCACUCUACUUUCUCGCUGUCAAAUCGCUCUUGUUUACAUUCUCAGGCGUUCGUUAAUUCAAAGUCUCCUGCGCACUAUCCUCCCGCAUCGUCUGUAAUACCACUCGUUAUAAUGGCUACAAUACUCACUACGACUUUGUUCGCUACAUACGCCGCUGCUCAGCUGACGACGUCUAUAUGGCUACCGGGGGCCGCGAAUGCCAACCAGAGCUUUGUUGGUUCUGUAAUUGAGCAAAACGGUGACCACACUACUCUGUCACUUGCUUUCGAGCAGGGUCCAGCCCAAACCCCGGAUUACUACCGCAGUGCGCCUGAUACCGUCACGAUAGGGGGAACCACCUUCGUAGCAUACGAAGCCACAGCAGUCGACCCAGUAGGCGAAAGCAAAAAAACAAUCACCGUCUCCCUUGCAUGCUCAAGGGCGAGAGCUAGCGCAGCACCUACAUGCACCAUGUCCACAAUUGGAGCCGAGGCAGUUCUCAGCGAACUUUGCGCCGGACUUUCGACAGAAUCGCAGGCCACGCCAGUUGAGGGGGCGCAAUACUGCACCAAUGGCGCCGACUUGACAUUCCAACAAACUUUGACGUUGAGCGGAGAUUCCCAGCAUUACCUCAACAAUUACCAGGUUAUCAUUACAGCCGGAACAGAAAAGUUGGGUGCUUCCGCGGCCGCCACUCCGACGGCAAGCAGCGCCUCAGCCACGGGUUCUACAUCAGCGCCUGCUAAUUCUGGAUCCGGAUCUGGAUCUAGUACAGCCGCUGGCAAUGUAUCAUCUGUGACAGGUGCGAGACCUUCCAGCUCUGUUCCACAACAGACCACCAAUGCUGCUGCUCCCAUGAGGUCAAUGGCACCUGCGCUGGCCGGCCUGGGUGCUGCAGCCGCUGUUUUCUUCUUGUAAAGGCAUAAUUAAAAUUAAUGUCUAUUUUCCUGUACACUAUAAUAUUAUUACCUGUAUUUCGCGCCACGGAGGGCUGCAAUCAAAUGUCUCAGCAUAUGGAAAGACUGAUGUCCAUACUAUAACUGGCACAUUGUCAUAAUUUCAAUUCGUGCACCUUGCUCAAGACGUUUGUCUCUCAGAAUGAAUCCGUCAAUGUUCUGAUCAUCACAUCGGGUGUCACUAUUCACCUUCUCCUCUCGCAUGAAUUUGCCCCAAGUUCAAUAUUUCGAUCGAUCACGGCAAACUAAUCUCUGUC